AUGUUGUGCUUCCAAGAUUUUAUCCGUUUCGCUCAGAACAAGAUCGUUUCCAUGCCAGCAGGGUAUUUGCCCAAAUGGUUGUUGUUCAUCUCUGUAGUGUCUGUGUUUAACUCACUCCAAACAUAUGUCUCAGGCUUGGAAUUGACACGCAGAGUGUAUGAAAAUAAGCCUGGUGAGACGACUGCAUUAAGUGCAAGAACUUUCGGGACUUGGACUUUUGUAUCUGCGGUUAUCAGACUGUAUGGUUCGCUUUAUUUGAAUGAGGAGCAUGUUUUCCAGCUCACUUUCAUCUCGUACCUGAUUGCUCUGGGCCAUUUUGGGAGCGAAUUGUUGAUAUUCCGCACUUGCAAGCUGGGCAAGGGUUUCAUGGGUCCAUUGAUUGUCGCCUCUACGUCUUUAAUCUGGAUGUACAAGCAGAAGGAAUACUACACCGGAUCAGGGUGGUAA